AUGUAUUGCUCCCACACCAACACUGGUACCAUCACCACCUCCGCCGCCAAACACCACUCCACGGUGGCACCACGUGUCUCCGCCAAUCGCAAUCUCUCAACCUCCUUCUACCAAACUGACUUUGGCCUCUUUGCCCUUACCUGGUCCCGACACCGCUUCAGCCAUUCCCUCCACCUCCAACUCCUCCUUAAGAGCCCUUCCGCCGCUGACACGCACCGCAACGAAAACUUCUCUAAUCCUUCUUUCCAUCUCCACAUCAAGCCCUUCAUCUUUUGGAACAAACAUGGAUCCCAAAAAAUGAAUUUCAAAUCCACCACAACCAAUAGUAUCCAAAUAUUUUGGGAUCUUACAAGUGCCAAAUUUGGGUCACGUCCGGAUCCCCUAUCCGGGUUCUACAUCGCCGUUGUUGUGAACGGAGAAAUGGUUCUCCUCGUCGGAGACUCUCUAGACAAAGCUUAUUCCAAAACCACAGCAGCAAAGCCUCGGAGAGGCCAAGCUAUGGUUCUAAGAAGAGAACAUGUGCAUGGAAACAAAGUGCACACCACAAAAGCUAGUUUUGGAGGGAAAACGAGAGAUAUAUCUAUAGAUUGUAGGGUUGGCGAUGAUCCAAGUCUGUGUUUCAGUGUUGAUAACAAAAGGGUAUUGCAGGUUAAUCAUUUGAAGUGGAAGUUUAGAGGGAAUGGGAUGAUUGAAGUUGAUGGUGUUCGCAUACAGGUCUCAUGGGAUGUAUACAACUGGUUGUUCAAGGAUCAUGGUGAUCAAGAUGGGUAUGCCCUGUUCAUGUUCAGGUUUGAAAAAUUAGGGUUUGAAGAUGAGAUGUUGCCUCAUUUGAAUGAUCAAAAGAAUGGGAUGCUUUUGUUGUCACAAGAAUCAUGUGAGUUUGGAAUUGAAAAGAAAAAGAAAAAGAGCUUCUUGAAGACUGCAAAGAUCUCGUCGUCGUCGGAAUCACCAGGUUGUAGUUCUGUGAUGCAGUGGGAAAGUAUGGAAGAGAAUAAGCUGAAAGGGCCUUCUGAGUUUUCUUUGAUGGUGUAUGCUCGGAAAAGCUAA